AUGAGGAUUAUUAUUGUUGCAUGGGCACAAGAAUUUGCCAUUGAAGUGGGUCACCAAGAACCUGUCCUGGAAAUCAAAAGAAAGAUAGAAAAGCUUCUCGGCGUCGCGGUGGCUUCGCAAACUCUUGCUGUUUCCGGUUGGGAGCUGGUUGAUGGACUAGACAUGGAAGACUACCCAAUUGUCACUGAAGGUACCAAAAUUGACUUGACUUUUAAACCCACAUUGGAAAAUCCAUAUUUGAACCAACAAAGUAAAAUCCAAAUCAUAGUAAAAUUUUCUGCCAGACAAAUUACCAUAGAAGUUGACAGAACUGAAACUGUGCGUAGCCUGAAAGAAAAAAUCCACAUCAUUGACGGCACUCCUGUCAAAAGAAUGUUACUUUUCUUCUCUGGAAUAGAAUUGGAUGAAGAUUUUCGCAAUCUGUCCGAAUAUGGCAUCCGUGAAUUAUCUGAAAUUAUUGUUUACUUAAGAACAAUGAACCGUCUGAGGGAUGAUCCUCCGACGAGGAAGCUUUGUAUGAUAGUGCAAACAUCUUCUAGCUUGCUUAAUGGUGCUAACAUUCCUGUAGAAAUACAAGAUUCAAGCACUGUAAAUGACCUGAGGGAAAUGCUAUUGAGCAGAAAAAUUCUUCCCCAGGAGGAUUAUUUAUUCAUACACAAGCAAAGGAUCAUGCGUGACAAUUGUAGCCUCAGGUGGCACGGGGUCCAGAAUGGGGAUAUUCUAUAUGUGUUUAAAGGAACUGUAAGCAGAGGUGGGUAUUAAAUU